UGACUGAUUGAUUGAUUGUUUUCAUCUACAGGAUGCCAUGAUACAUUCUCCAAAAGGAUGAAGGAGCACAAAAGUUCUUUAGACUCAGUGUACGCCAAAAUGUGCUCCAAUAUUUACUCUCAGCUACGAUUGGUCGAGCAAGUUCAUCCAGUCAAAAGAAUCGACGCUGACCUUAUGAUGGAGCAAAGCGUGGUGUGUAGCCUGCUGGGAUACUACGAGUUUUUAACACCUCGGCGCCUGUCGAACAUUUUACAGUGGCAGCGGUCGAGUGGAUGUUACGGAAACAUCGAAAACGAGAACGACUUUGGCCAGCAUCAGACCAGGCGAACCAUGAGGAAACUUCUGACGGGAAAAGAAUUGUCAGAUGGAUGCGAAUCACAUAUAACCGGAGUUGGUACUGCACUGCUAUCGAUUUAUUUUCGCUUCCUGUUUCUGAACAACAUGCCAGACGGAAAUUCAACUAUGACGAAGACAAGUACAUGAGUGCAGAAUUACAGAUUACCUACCGUAAGAAGCCUAUGAAAAAUUAAUGAAGUGCUCGUUUCAGCUAGUAACAAGUACGUGUCAACUAGUGCAAGCCCUCCCUAGCCUGCAUUAGGGAGUGACGGUCAUAAAGGCGAAGAACAAACAUGGCCAUGCGAAAACUGUCUUACCAUGUUUUUUUCUCGGAUAUUCUCGCUGUCUUAGAAGUUGAAAAUCAAUUAAGUUGCUAAGCUGUUUUUGACUUAAGUUUCCUAAUUUUUUAAGCUUUUAUGUUCCACAAUAAGGUAAUGUCUCGAGAAACAGGGAAUAAAACAAGAUAGUACACUGACUAAACACGACUACUUUCAGCCGGGUUGAUCGAUACAUGAAACUACAAACCUCCUGACGCCAGAUUAUAAGAGGUUGAGACUUUGAAACGCGUUGUCAUCAUCGCGUUCUGUUCUUGGGCAUGACAAUUAGAUCUCCUAAAUAGAACUAUAAACGCUUUUUGGCUUGUUCCUUCCAAGAAAUAAAAAUACGCAUAUGCAGGGGAAACGUGCUAUUGAAUAGCAUCGAUCCCUCUCAGCGGAGUUUUAAACUGGAUUUUUCUUGCGUUUUCUUUUUCUUUUUCAAAAAAAACCUAGUAUUUUGUAAUGCCCUACUUUAUUGACUUCGUUAUUAAAAGGCAAGGUGGGAAUUAAUGUAUUACCCGCGGAAUGACAUUCGUUUACGGCAUCGUCAAUUACCAGUUAAGCCUGUAAUGUCAACAUAUAUGUGGUCCUUCUGGGCUUGUAGAAGAGUUAUGCAUCGGCAUACUGGAGAAACAUUAAAUAUUAAUUGAACGCUAGUGUUCAACCAUUGAAAGUACUGCAGUACUGUUUAUUCUAAGCUUUACUGCAGGGUGACUUGAAUUUUACGUCUGUGGAUGAAACCCUGGUGUGCUAUCACAGUGCUGUCCACUGCUUUCAUGGGAAUUCCACAACCACCAUCUUGCGAAUUCAUCGUCAAUUCUUCACUACCCUUCCAUAGUUCAAGCUAGUUUUCGUCAUUUAACCCAAGUAAAGAUAAUAAAUAGUCGUUUCUUAUUCUUUUAAAUGGACUAAAGCUCGAUGAAAGUCUAAGCCUGUUCAGUUACGUGGAGUUGACCCGGUCAGUGGAUAAGUGGCGAGGUGGACAACCUCUGGGAGCAAGGAGGUUAAACCCUGGUGUGCUAUGAUUUCAGUGUAAGUUAUUCCACAGCACUGUGUAAUGCUUUCAUGACUGUUCAACAUAUGUAGUUUUUUCAUGUGCAGAUUUGCACUAGAACUUUCCAAAAGAAUCGCAAUCGCGAUAUCGUUGUUAUAUUUCUGGACGCAGUC